UAUUCCCCGGAAGGUAUUGCAUUCUGGGAUAUUCACAUUCUCGCUUUGAGAAUUUUCAAUUCGCGGCUAGCUAAUGCACACCUGCGCAGUUGCGUGCUGAAAGAAAGUUUACGAAGAAAGAACGUGAAUCGUUAUGAACAGAAGAGAACUUUGAGCAUUAAAAGGGUUGUAAAGAUGGUUGCAACCUUGUUCGUGGGUAACCUCAACCCAAAUAUCAAUGAGGAUAUGAUUGGAAUGGCAUUUCAUCGCUUUGGGGAAAUUCAAAAAAUUACAGUGAUAAGGGACAGAAUGACUGGACAGUGCAGAGGAUUUGCCUAUGUAGUAUUUUUUAAUUUGAGGGCAGCUUCAUAUGCACAGAAGGCAAUGGAUGGACAGAGAUUCCAUGGAAAUGAGCUCAAAGUGGCAUUUUCAAAAACUGAUCAGCCAUACUCACCUUCUAAUCCGGCACCUCCAAAGCCACAGUCACAGACCAUUAGACCUGCCAGUAAGACUCCAGAUACAAAGAAAACAGAUACUCCUGCUCAAGAGUCUAAGGGAAGCAAGGAUGCAAAAGUAGACAAAGAAGAGAAGCCUGCAGAAAAACAAACCAAGGAAAUGAAAGACGGCCCCAAGGUGAAUGAUAAAGAGAAAGAUGGCCCUAAAUCUUCAGGUGGAGAUACAAAAGCGAAGGAAAGUGGCCAGCCAGAGGCAAAGAAAGACUCUGCAAAGCCAAGUGACAAUAAAGAUGCUAUUGGAAGUGGCAACACAGCAAGUACUGGAACCAAGUCAGACAAAGAAACUGGACAGAAGAAAGCUGAUAAUGUUCCUACUAGUGCAAAAUCAACAGAAAAUAAUUCCACUGUUGUUAAGUCUGGAAGUACAACUGCUAGUCCAUCAGGUAGGGGUGGGACUGUUGUAAAGGGAUCACCAGUGACUAGAAGUUCACUAGGGACUAGAAGUUCACCAGUGACUAGAGGAACCCCUACUGGAAGAGGAACAACACCUGUUAGAGGAACUGCCAGAGGAGCUCCUGCCUCGAGAGGUACACCUGGAAGGGGAGCCACACCUUCACGAGGAUCUCCAGCAUCAAGAGGAGGUACACCAGUAAGAGGCUCUGCAGUUUCUAAGGGAAGCCCGGCUGGCCGUGGAGCGACAACACCUACCAGAGGAGCAGCAAGUGGUAGUGGUAACCCAGCAGGAAGAGGUGGUAGUGCUGCUCCUGUAAGUACUUCAUCUUCAGUAAAAAGUAUUGGAGAAAGCACACCAACCAAAACACCGGAAGUUGCUCAAAAGCCUAAGAGUGAUGCUUCCAUAGAUAAAACUGUGUCAUCAAAUAAUGCUCAAAGCUCCAGUCAGCCAGGACAAACAAGUAAUAAGACAGAGCAGAAAAGUACGGUGACUGCCACAACCUCCAAUGCAAAGACAGCCAGCCAAACAGGAGAAAAGAAGACGGAGGAACCAAAAAAAGAAAACCCUGAAAUAAAUAGUCAAGCAGCAGCAAAGGAUGCAGUAGCAAAUAAAGGCACUUCAUCUACAAGAGGUGUUCCAGCAACAAAGGGUGGACCUGCAACCAGAGGCUCCCCAUCCACUAGGGGCGUUCCAGCUACAAGAGGCUCCCCAUAUUCUAGGGGUGCACCUGCCACAAGAGGUGUUCUGCCGGCUGCCAGAGGAGCUCCAGCUGGUAGAGGCAAUCCAUCACCAAGAGGGUCCCCAUCAAUUAGAGGUAGCCCAUCAUCUAGAGGUGGCCCAUCACCUAGAGGUGGUCCUACAAGUGGAGGCACAUCAGCAAUCAGAGGUGCACCACCAAUUAGAGGGGCCGCUGGGACAAGAGGGUCACCUGUAUCUAGAGGUUUCCCAUCGCCCAGAGGUUCAGCACAUGGCAGAGGAAUGCCACAAGAUAACGCAAAAUUAGGUGGAACUUCGUCAGAUAGAAGAUAUUCUGCAUCAGAUUCAACUGUCCGUAAUGAUGAACAAACAAGCAGAAGUGGAUUCAGGGGUAGGGGUUUACCGGUAGGCAGAGGUACACCACCAGGAAGGGGUAUGCCUCCUGGCAGGGGUAUGCCUCCUGGCAGAGGUAUGCCUCCUGGCAGGGGUAUGCCUCCUGGUAGGGGUAUGCCUCCUGGCAGAGGAGCCCCAGGUUUAAGGGGAGCACCACCAACCCAUGGUUCCGUUAAUAGAGGAGCACCAGCAAACAGAGGUGCACCCCCAGUUGGAAGGGGAUUGCCAGGUUCCUCUGAGCCAAAGGAUAUUGGAGGUGGAAAAGGGCUUUUGCCGACACCGAACAUAUUGCAAUCCAGCCCAGGGAGUUUUGAUGAUUCUGCUAGCCGUGGAAGUCCAUCUAGUCAGGGUGGAGUUGCUGGCAGUGCUGUUCAAAGAGGAAGUCCAGUAGCCCGUGGAUCAUCUACAACUUCUGGUGGCUUAAGGAGUAAUGAUGCACCACCGCGAGGCUUAGAAAAUGCAGAUGGUUCAAAAAGACCAGCCCAAAGUCUUGAAAGACCCAUAGGCAGAGAUGGAAAAAUCACAAUGCCACCACCAAGAGGGUUCGGAUCACGUGACAGUCCAAUUGACCGUUAUUCCCAGCAAAGUAGUCCCAGAGAUCCAUCACCAUCAUAUGGAAGAAAAGAUGCUUUGAGUAGUGGUGAUAUAUCGAGCAGCAGAAAGAGGCAGCAUUCAGAAGGAGAUCAAGAAUUAGAAAGCCGUAGGCCAGAGAGACCAAGAGACGAAUACAGAAGAGACGAACCACCCUAUAAGAGGGGCCCUGGUGAUGAGGGGUAUAGAGGUUUUCGGGAUGAGAAAAGAGGAUAUCAAGAUAGUAGAGAUUAUGGUAGGGGAGAUGAUCAGUAUUCAUCAAAGAAUUAUUCUGAUAGGGAUGGUUACGAUAGACGUGGAAGUGGUUAUGAAAGAUAUCCAGUGGAAAGGGCAUCAUCAAGUGAAAGACGAGAGCUCGGUAGAGGUUCAGACGGCAGUAGAUAUCCAGAGUCGGACAGAGAACGGCGAGCUGAAAUGAGCAGAGGUGUUCCUCGUGAGAUAGGUAGUGAAAGAGGUAAUAGUUCUGGCCGAGAUAUGUCAUCAAGCCGACCAUCAGACAGCGGUAGAGGUGGUGGUUAUUCAGAUUAUCCUGAUCGGUUUAGGGACAGCUAUCAGUCAAGCAGAGACCAAGGCUACAGACCAGAGGAUCCAGGAUAUUCAAGAGAUGUCUACAGCAGGCGUGAUCCUAUUCCUCCCAGGGCUUCUGACACCACAGUGCCAGUCAAAGCAGAUGUUGCUUCUGCCUACAAUGAUAACCAGUUGAAAAGGGAUUAUCAUCAUGGAAAUCAGUCUUCAGGUUAUGGAGAUUAUAGAACAGACCAAAGAGCAGCACGAGGUGGCAUAGAGUCAAGUCAGUAUGCGUCAUCCCAAUAUGAUCAAAGUCAAGCAUCAACUCCAGUAGGAAGAUAUGGUGAUGGCAGAACAACAAGUGUCAGGUCUUCAGACCAGUAUGUAGGAUACAGCACAGAAGGUUCACGGGACACGUAUGAACAAGGAUCAGCAAGAGGCUAUGCAAAGGAUCCAUAUGGUACAGAUUCAAGAGUUCCUGACAUAGGUGGACCGCCUAGUCAGUACACUUCCAGUGGUACAAAAAGAGAGUCUGCUGAUGAUCCAAUAGACGAUUCCAAACGUGGUCGUUAUUCUGACUACCAAAGAGGCUAUGGAUACUCUGAUAGUGGUUACUCGCAGUAUUCCAAAGUUGAUGGGUACAGCACCGGGCCGGUAAGAGGUUACUCAUCAGAUGGUAGCACAAAGCCUGUUUCUGAUCAAUCAAGCGCGUACUACCCUUCUUCUCAAACGAAGUAUGAGCCGGAAACAAACUAUAGAACAGGUGCUGCCACGCAGGGGUCUGAUCAAAUAAGCAAGACAUCGGCUGUAGGAGCUGGCCAGAGCAUUGACCAAAGACGGGGCCCUGGCUCUUACCAAGAUCAGUCAUACAGACCAGAAGCUCCAGCAUAUGACAGACAGAGUCGGGAUCAAGGUUAUGCCGCAUCCAGUAGUAGCUAUGGCUACAGCUCUCAGUCUGCACCUACGGGACAGAGGCCAGCCUCGUAUGAUGACCGAAGAAUUGAUUACCAAACGUCCCCAUACCAAGCACAGUCAGACCAAAAAGCUGGUACCAGCUAUAACACCACGUCUCAAUAUAGCGCUGCAUCACCGCAGAAGUCUUACUCUGGGUCUCAAGGCGUGACGGGUGACAGGUCAAAUCAGUAUGGAGAUUCUUAUUAUCAGCCAAGCUCCACUGGCGCAGCAACAAGUCAAGGCUACCAAAGUUCCAGUCAAUAUGGGACCAGCAACUCAUCUUGGCAAUAUGGAGGACAGGCACAGAGCGCCCAGAGUGGUUCAUCUGGUUAUAGCUCAAGACCAACCGGAAACAUGUCGAGUCAGUCCUCUGGACAAGACAGGUUUGGGGCAGCUGGAGGGGCUAGCAAGGAUGAAUACGCUAGCUAUGGUUCUAAAACACAGAUACCAGGCCUGUCUUCAUAUGAAUCAAGCCCACAAAAGAAGCCAUUGAGCAGCUACAGCGCAGGUGGGUAUGGAGUUGGCCAGAAACCGUAUGAAAGCGCUGAGCCCCAAUCUGGAACCCCUCAAUCUUCAUAUGGAAGGGACAAUCAACAAGCGUAUGGUACCAGCACAGGGCAGACUCAAAGCAGGGAUGCUGGCUAUUCAUAUGGUGCUUCUAGAUUUUAAACUUGGUUGCUGGAGAAUUGCAAGUAAAGAUUUUAACAGCUGUGAAAGAUUCUACUUCGAAACUAUUCUCUUCUUGUUCGAACACACUAUGCGCGAGAAACGAACGCUAAGUGCGGGAAACGAACGCUAAGUGCGGGAAACGAACGCUAAGUGCGGGAAACGAACACUUGCCUUAUUCAGACUUUGUUCUAUAUUACAAAAUCAACAGGGUGCCUGGAACUGACCUAUGCAGGGCCUAAGGUCCCUUUGAACAAUUGUUAUGAUCAUUCCAGUACUUUUGUGUUUUAUGUUGGAAAGGAUUUGUCAGGUCGAGAUGAAACAUUACGAUACAAGACCGUAAAAUAUCGCUAAUUGCCUCAUUUUCUGCAGCAGGAUCCCAUUACCGUCACCAAAAAACUCUUGUAUGUGGUGUUACCAAGUUGGCCUCUUUUAACCUGAGCUAGGUUCAGCAUUGUGAAAGGAACGAGCUAAGUUCGUGUGUCGCAAAAAAGCAGUUACUACCUUAUUAUGGCGUUACUAUGUCGAAACUAGUUUCCAUUCCGCAAUUAAAUUCCUAGCAAACAGCUUCCCUGUGUUACCGUCAAUAUGAUACCAUAGCCACUUCUGCAGUCUCCCUUGAACAUAACGAGUGCGGUUUCGUUUUCUGGUGAACUGGUAUAAGCAUAUUCGAAUUGACACUUGGAAGGCCAUUAUUCUACAACUUCGAGUUGACUCUUAAUAUAAGUAUUAUCAAGUAUCCAGCAUUUAAAAUGCCUUCGAUAGUCCGUUAUUCUUAAGUUGUCAACUGCCCCUUAAUUUUGUUGAAGUCCUCUUUGUGGUGGCCCUUUUGAUGUUUAUUUCAUUUUUUGGCAGCCCUUUUUCAAAGUUUGUUCUUGUAGCAAAUAUAUCGACACAUUGAGCGUAGGCCUGACACAAAUGAACUAAAAAAGAUCCUCAUGAAACAUUAUAUCACCUUCAAGCUUUGAGCAUUCACUUAAGUCUUUACGAUAUUUCAUACUUUUUUAAUUUCACCGUCAAUCUAAUCAGCUAGUAAAGUAGCAUGUCUUGCGCUGUGGCGUUUAUAGUGUUUCGAGUAUUGAAGUACAUCCACUUUUUACGAAAGGAAAGUCAAAUUUUACAGCAACAUAAAUGUGGAAUUCAUGCCAGCAAGCAGGUUUAGGCUCAUAUUUACGUUUGAAUUAUCAUUUUUCUCUGACAUCUACCAUAUUUAUGUCGGCCAUUUCACAAGAUCAAGCCAAAAUUGAGAGAGUGAAAUAACCCGCAUUAGACGGGCCAAUGUGUAGAAAGUGCCUAAGCUGUGCUGCUGAACUAAUGAAACAUCUCGACACAAACUUUCGCCUAGCUGCUUGUACUUAUACCAAUCGAGUACAUCAAAUUAUGCAAUGUCAAUUGGAUUCAUAUCUAAGUGUCACUUAGAAACAGUUUGCUUUAUAAGGCAAUCAAGCGUUUGCUUUAUCAAAUAUAAUCGUCUGUGAAGAUGAUCUUCAGCGGCAGUUGCUAUUAGAUAACAGUGGCUAAGCAUAAUUCCUGGACUAUAAAUUUUCAUGGUUCAACUCGUGUUCAACUUUGGUUCAACUUAGGUUAGAGUCAAACACGAUCUACUGGCAUGUUCAUGCACACAGGCUUAUUGUGGAAAAGCAUUUAAGUGUCUCAUCUUAUGGUAAUAAUGUGACCAAAGUCGAAAAAUUCUUGCUAAAACUUGGUAACCCAUGCUUUUAAUGUAAGAUUCUUGCUCGAAAAUGUUUGGUAACCCCAUUCAAAGGAUUUUCAUGUCCUUAAUUUUAUUGUUUCUUUGUAUACGAAGUUUUUUAUCAAACCCAGCCUGUGUUAAACACUUGGUGAGCAAAGUAUUUAUCCGUUUUAUUUGCAAAUAUGCAUGAUUUUCACCGUUCUCUCAUUGUUGGUCUGUUGGGAUCCUGCUGCAGUCAUCAGAAAAUCAAUCCUCUUUAUCAGUUUACCUCGUUUUCAUUUCAAAUCUUGAUUGCUUUUAAGAGAGUCGAUGAAUUUGUUUUUAACUAAAUUGUUUUUUGGAGAAAAACGUCAUUGAUGUAUAGAUCAUCUUUCUAAGAAUCGUCUACUCUAUCA